CCCUUCCUUUCCCUGUGGUGCUUCCGGUCGAUGUCGGUAGGGAAGAGUUUGGGUCUACAGCCCCUCACUUGUGGGGUGCUGGACAAUCUCCCCCUCCUAUUCAACACCGACCUGGAAUCUCUGGGGGGAAGCCAUCCACCAGUUCCCAGUGCAAUAUCCUCUGCAGGUGGAGGUUCCCAAUUUUAUAAAUGAUGCUCCUGAGGUCACGUCUCAUAAUCAGGAGGCUGGGCGUGUGUGGAUGGGGAAGAACCGAUUGGGCUCAAUCCCAACAAGACGGAGGGUAUUUUGGGCUCCCUGGCCUUUGGGAGUCUCCAUCUCUGGUUUUGGAUGGGGCUGCACUUCCACAGUCAAGACAACUUUGCAAUGGGUGUGUGUGUGUGUCAUCCUGGGCUCACAGCUGUUACUUGAAGAGCAGGCACCAUCUGUGGCCAAGAAGGUCUUUGUACAGGUUUAUCCAGAGUGCCAAUUGUGCCUGUCCCCGGAUCACACCCUAUGCCCCUGGACAGUCCCUCACACCAUGGUCCCCUCAAGAAGGGAUUAUUGCAGUGCUCUCUAUAUGGGACUGCCCUUGAAAACCUUUUGGAAGUCACAGCUGGCCCAAAUGCAGCUGCACCAUCAGAGAAGGGCAAGUGGCACCACUGCUCCAUGGGCUGCAAUGGUUGCUGGUUGGUUUCUGGGUGCAAGUCAAUCACCUAUCAAGCUUUUGAGGGCAGGGAGCCUGGCAAUUUGGGGGGCUGCCCAUCUCCAAUAAUCUCUGCCUAUUUCGUAAGAUUUGGCAGAGUGGGUGCACUUCAGGUCCCCUCGUUUACGUAGUGUCACCUAGUGGAACCCCUGAAGUGUCCAUAUCUCUGUCAUGGCACCUGGCAUCCUCCCAGAGGUCCAUAUGGCGCCCAUCCUGAUGACCAAUUGGAAGGCAAUGUUCUGCCAAGUCUUGGGUUAGGUCAGCCCCUGUUAGGAUUUGCUUUUGUUUUAAAUACAGUAGUUCUUCUUUUUCCUGGGAACAUCUCUCUUUAUUCUUUCACUUUAUUGUUCUACCAUUUUACAGUGCAGAGCAACCAAAGUCAGGCACUUAUUUAAAUCUAUGUCAAUAAAUAAAAGUCGUUUGAGUCACCUUCAAACUUCUCCAGGGUCUUCCAAAACCGCCUAAUUCAAUGCUUUGAAUGAGCUUCAACUGAAUGGAAGUUCAGUCAGAUCACCUUUGAUCUGAAUCGAUCCUUUGAGUCUUGUGUUCCUGCUCAACAAAUGUUGUUAUUUAAGGGCCGGAUUAAGCAGCAGCAGAGAGUUCCAGAUCCAUCAUGGCUUCCAGAUCCAACGUGGCUUCCAGAUCCAACGUGGCUUCCAGAUCCAACGUGGCCUCCAGAUCCAACGUGGCCUCCAGAUCCAAUGUCAGACGAGCGCCGCAAAAUAGAGGAAUAUUUGCUAAAUUUUGGCCCGACCCGACCAGCUCUGGUUUAUAUCUUGCAAGUCUGUUGUGCCUGCUCCUGCUUUUGGUCACAGUUGUGAUGAUCAUUUUGUAUCUUUGGGAACUAAACAGGUCAGCAUCCAUGAAUGAAGCAAUUAAGGUUGUCAUGGACUUUGUUAUAAGCAGGGAUCCAUCCCUCAAAAAUGAAAGUGAAUAUGAAAUAUUUGCUGGUGCUCAGAGGUUAGCAGAAGAAUUGACACUAGAGACUUUAAAAACCAUUGAAGUGGAAAGUGCAAUUGACGUCAUUACUAUUCUGCUAAAAAAAAACUGGGUGCCCUUUGAAGGGGCCCUUUAUUUCUUCAGCACCGUUGCGAGAAACUGGACCACAGCAAGAACAUUUUGUGAGACUAAAAAAUCCACCUUGGCUUGUAUUGAAAGUACUGUGGAAGAAGUGUUCAUAACAAGACAAAUUGCAAACCAUCCUAAGGACUUUUGGAUUGGGCAUAAUUUCAAUAUCAGAUGGGAAUGCGUCGAUGGCACAGUAACAAAAGUUUUCUACUGGUCUGCGGCAACUGUAACUAAUUACUAUAAAGACAAAUGCGUCAUUGUGCUAUCCAACUGUUUGACGGCACCAAACUGCUGGACUAAUGUUGAUUGCUCAAUAGAUUAUUUCGCCAUUUGUGAGAGGAAGCCAGAUAAAAAAUGGCACAUAUAAAACACAGCGCCAUUCAGCAAGCUGGAACCGAAUUAGUGCAGCAGCCUUUCGACAUCCAACGGAAUUACUGAAAUGCUUGACGGAAGAGUUCAGCUUCCUGCCUCCAUGUCCAAGGCCAGGUCUCCAAGGGGCCCCUUUGAGCUAAAGAAAAAGACUUUCUUGUCCAACGCAUCGACGUUAUGGGGCUACCAAAACGAGAGGUGGAAGGGUUCAGUCGUACCCUCCUUUCCACUAGAAAUAAAUUAAUUUUCUAUAUUGCCUUCUGCUUCCUUGCUUGAUCUUUCUGACAUCCUGCUUCUUUUUCACCCUCUGGCAAGUUAUACUUUGCAAGCCCAUGAUGAUUAUUAUUGGUGUGUCCACUUCCACCUCACAACGGGAAAAGCCACUUGUUCUGCCCGGUCGGAUUUAAUGGCGGACCAAUUCCUGGAAUGCCUCAGUUGGCAUGAGGCCUCAUCCUGGUUCCUGGUGGG